AUGGGAAAGAUUUUUAUUUUUUUUUUUUAUGACGACAAGAGCUUCUGGGGCCAUUGCUAUGAAUGUAGCAGUGGCCACCUUGGCCUGUGGUUCUAUGUGAAACAAUGCAAUUCCAUCCAGGUGGAAAAAGGCAGUUGAAUGACUUAUAAGAACCCCAAUUACUCAGGACACCAGUACUUUUUAAAAAGAGGAGACUAUCCUGAGUCCCGGAAGUGGUUCAGUCUCUGCAACUCCAUCAGGUCUUACCAUGUAAUCCUACAUUCUGUUUCCCACAAGGUUCAGCUCUAUGAAAAAGAGGAGUUCCAAGGCCAAAUGUUGGAGCUCACUGAUGAUUGCCCAUCAGUCCCAGGCUGCAUCGAUCCCCCCGAGAUCUGCUCCCUCAAUGUUUUAGGUCACUCUUCGACAUUGUAUGAAAUGCCCAACUUCAGGGGCCAACAGUACUUAUUGAAACCCAGGGAAUACAGAAGAUUCCUUGACUGGGGUGCAGUAAAUGCCAAAAUUGUCUCUUUACAGAGGCUGGUUGACUUGCACUGA